CACAACACGCAUUUUUAGUUUGGCGUGGCAAUGGAUGCUUCCAUGUAGCCAGUCGUAGUUUCUUUUUACUAAAAAUUCUUUUUUUCUUAAUUUGAUGCAACUCUUUUGUUAACAGGUACACGUACAGACAGCAGCAAACCACGCGCCUCCAGGCAUGUCUGCAUGUGUAUUUCCUUGUUGUUACAUGUGAAACGUGAUUCAUCAACGAGACGGCAGUCUGCUACCAUGUGACUAAAUAACAAUAUAAUAUCAACAUAACAUAGAACACAACGUCAAAGACGUGUAUUGGCUACAAAUUUAAACUGAUACAAUAUUCUUGUAUACAAAGUGGCAGUGUUUUUCUUCUGCACCCACGUCGAACGUUUGCCAUAGAAGACCGGUAACCCAACCAGCGAUUUGGGUCGGUAAGACACAGAUUCGUUUACCUGAGUAUUAUAUAACAGACCGGAAUAGUUCGUGAUCUUGAUGAGCCAUUUAUUUGGUGAUGUGGAAAUUUGUUACUGGUUAGAUGGCACUAAAUUAUUUUAAACAAUCUUUCACAGUGAGAAACCUCAUUCUUUGAGAAUCAUCCUUAGUAGGGCUUUAUGAAUGGAACCUGAAGAGGUCAACUGGUGCAGGCAGCUUAUUCAGAAUCUAAGCCAUGGUUUCUUGUAAAACCAGCAACAUUUGUCAGUAGCAGUUUAACCAGUUGCACGAACACAUGCCAUGCAUUUUACGAUGGAGAAUGGGAGUUUCGCAUUGUGUGCGAUAUUUCUUGAACUUGCUUUAUGUUGGGCGUUUGCGAUGUUUGUUGAUUAUACUGGAGAAUCCAUUGGAAUUGUCGUAGAAAGCGAUCUUGAUCGCGUUCGUGGCACUCACACUCGAGACCAUCUUUCAUCAAUUUACUAUUACAUGUUCCAGGAUGUUCACUUGACGAUGGUCAUUGGGUUUGGUUUCCUCGGAACUUUUUUAAAACGAUAUGGUUACAGCUCUGCCGUUCCCAACUUGUUGAUCGCUGCGGUUACCCUCCAAUGGGCGACUCUAUGCCAAGGAUUUUUUCAGAUGCAACGCGGCAAAAUACAUGUCAGCAUUACCAACUUAUUGCAUGCUGAUUUUGCCACGUUAACGACUUUCAUCUCAUUUGGAGCUGUUCUUGAAUUGACCACACCAAUUCAGCUGAUAGUUAUGGUUAUCUGCGAGGUAUUUAUUUUCGCUGCUAAUGAAUACAUAAGUCUUGACAUUCUAAAGAUUUCCGACGUUGGAGUUUCAAUGCUGGUUCACGUUUUUGGAGCUUAUUUCGGCUUGAUGGUGAGCUGUGUCUUGCGAAAUAACAGGCCCGAAAAAGAGAGUGUUUGCAUCACCCUUCCUACUCCGGAUCUUUUCUCUGUGAUGGGAACAAUAUUUCUCUGGCUAUUUUGGCCCACACUGAACGCUAGUUUAGCUCAAGGCGAUGCCCAGCACAGAGCUGUUAUUAACACGUACUAUUCUUUAGCAGCUAGUUCAGUUGUGACUUUGGCCAUCGGCCUCAGUUCUUUCGUGGACAAAAAACAACAGUUCUUCACGGUACAUAUUCAAAACUCAACGUUAGCAGGAGGUGUUGCCAUUGGAACGGCUGCUGACAUGAUGAUUCAUCCGUUUGGUGCAAUCAUUGUAGGAAGUAUCGCUGGACUAGUUUCAAUACUAGGGAUGGUGUACUUAACUCCAGGAAUUAAUCGAAAAUUUGGAAUACGCGAUCCUUGUGGUAUUCAUAACCUCCAUGGUCUAUCCGGACUAAUCGCCGCUUUCGUUGGUGCCAUCGCGGCAGCCCUGGCAACUGAAAAAAAUUACAAUUACAGUCUCUAUCGGCAAUUUCCUGCUAGGACACCAAUGGGUAAAACUUUAGACUACUGGGAUCUCCAAUAUCAUGUAGAAAAUGUUCAACCAGGAGUCGGUCGUUCGGCAUUAUGCCAAGGAGCUUAUCAAAUUGCUGCUUUAGGAACGACUUUAGCAUUUGCUGUUGUCGGUGGACUCGUCACUGGUAAUAUGCAAAUGGACUCUACGUUAGAAGAUGUAAUGUACUUAUCUAGUACCUUGUUCUUUUGCAACAGGACUCAUCCUCCAGUUACCUUUUUUUAACCAGGCAGGGAGGAAUGCUUUUACUGAUGACGAACCGUAAACUUGUGAUUCCAUUUCGUUUUGUUCCAGCCAAUUUAACGACAAUGUAAAGAAACGAAUAAAUGCAUCUAUACGAGUAAGCUAAAGCAUCUCUAAAAUGAAUCAUACUUUCGAAAACAAUUUUAAAUCUAGCUUUUAGAAUACCCUACAAUUUCGGAACAGCAAUAGUUACCAGUAACUCACGCCACAAUAAUAAGCCAUGGAGCCUAUACAAAUCCACAUGCUAUUGUUUCGUUUUUCAUAAGAAAAACAUAGCAGAUCAGCAAUGCACAGAACAUAUAUAUAUAUAUUUUAAAGAAAGGUUAACCGAUAAACUUUUUGACAAAAGAAAUCUUAGUUCUUACUGUCAGACGCUGGAGCUCAGCCUAUUUCAAGGUACUGCCGUGACCCACAGCUUUUGGGGGGGAUGUUAACGUGUCACCCACCACCUCUGCAAACCGAUAAAAUCGUCUAAAAUGAUGCAGGUUCCAAAACAUCAUACGAAGAAAGUUCCAGGGGUUAAAUUAUAACUAGCCAUCACGAGCAAUAAAAGUCAAGCUGAUUACUUACAAUAAAGUGACAGGAGAGCGGUUUUCACGGAAGUUGAAUUUCGGCGUUGUUCCAUCUGAUACGCUUAACGCUGUGCAGCAAAGUUCAGGUUGCUUGGGUGAAGGAUGAACUUUGUACCAAAUUGACAAGGAAAACAGAUUGUAUUGAUGGUAUUGUUGCGGGUUGCCCAUUUCUUCUUCGUACAAGAACAAGAAAAGAAACAAGUGCACGCGUUUUAGGUACAGAAUACAUCGAAAUCGAGUUCAUUGGGAGCUCGGAUACGCUUUACUAGUUUGGAUUCUGCCAACAAGUUACAGUUUCAUUUUAAAUAUAAAUUCAUUGCAUCGUU